AUGAAGUGUGUGCCAGGAAGCACAAUGGACGUGUUGGUGGGAGCAGCGCUGUUGGCUCACGUGGUCUGGCCGGUGUCGUUCAACGGUGAGUGGCUGGACGUAGCGGAGCUGGCGGACGAGGAGUUUUGGGCCAAUGGCCGCUCAGCAGGGGCUCGACAAGUACUCGCUUUGCAAACAGCCUUGGAAAUCUUGCACAAUCUGCCGGACGCUCGCCUAUUGCCGAGGAGCGCAGACGUCCGAUCAACGGAGCCCUUGGCGACUCUGCGGCUAACGGCCAGGCAUAAUCUGUUGAAUAACUUCCGCGCGAGAGGCGCCUUGCUGGUUUCGAUCGCGGGUUUCCUGAGAGGCGUGAUGGACGUUGAUGAUUUCGGAUCAGUAUCCUGGCAGAUGCAGCAAAUGAUCCGAAACUGGUGGGACACCCACAACGAGGCCGUAGCCUUCGCCAGCUUGGACCCCGAGGGAAUGCGUUGCCCGCUGCCCACCUUCCCGACGCUACCCGACUUGGACGCCGUUGUCAGGCAGUUCGACUGCUUGCUCGAAAUCAAACUCAAAAAAAACUGCGUCAUUGUUCCAGCACCCUCUCGUUUUCCACCCGGGAGCGCCUACGGACCCCCUGCCGUCCUGGGGUGGCGACGAAGACUUACACGGCUCGGCCGACGGAGAAAGUCCGGUUAUCCCGACUUCGAUAAUCCCGACUACCGAGACGGUGACAAGUCCCCACGCAGCCCCAAAGACGAGGGGUGGACACGGCAGCUGCUGAUGAAGGCACUUCCUGUUUGGAUUCGAUGGCAGGACAGUUAUUUCGCGAAACGAGAAACGAGGACUCUGAUGGCGGAACUUCCUUUGGAGCUCCCCGCAGCGCCUGAUGAAGCACCCUCGGAGCUGGAAGACGGGGCCCCUGACGUACAACGCCAACCUGAGAGGUGGACACGGCGGCUGCUGAUGAACACAGUGCCGUUUUGGAUUCGAAGGCAGGACAGUUAUUUCGAGGAACGAGAAACGAGGACUCUGAUGGCGGAACUUCCUUUGGAGCUCCCCGCAGCGCCUGAUGAAGCACCCUCGGCGCUGGAAGACGAGGCCCCUGAGGUACAACGCCAACCUGAGAGGUGGACACGGCGGCUGCUGAUGAAUACAGUGCCGUUUUGGAUUCGAAGGCGGGACCGUCAGCCCCAGAGCCGGGAAACAGACAUUGCGAUGGUGGUACUUCCCCGCAAUAUCCCUAGAGCUCCUGGAAGCGCCCUCGAAACUACCCGAAGCGCCCUCGAAACGCCCUUGCUACCCCCAGAAGCACCACCUUUGCUACCCCCCGAAGCACCACCUUUGGAACCCCCCGAAGCACCACCUUUGCUACCCCCCGAAGCACCACCUUUGGAACCCCCCGAAGCACCACCUUUGCUACCCCCCGAAGCACCACCUUUGGAACCGUUCCGUCCGGUCUCCAGUGAGCCUAAUGAGAAUUCAUUUGCACCGCACGAAAAUAGGAGAGACAUCUUUUCUCUGAUCAUUGAUCGACGAGUCGGAGAGUGUAACAAAAACCCCGCUAGACUCCUCUAG